AACAUGCGUUUGGUCAAUAUCAAAACGAACGAACUGUCGCGAACCGCCGGACUAGAUCAUGAGCCUGGUCAAAUUUCAAUCCCGCUCAUCCGACCCGUUUCUCCGUUCACGGUUGGAUGAGCAGCGCCAAUGAUGGCAUGAAUUCGGCAAUUCGUAACCGGUUGCUAGCCAUCGGCGAAUUCAACGUAAUUUACGUCGACUGGAGCGUUGGUGCGGCGAGUUCGAACUACGACGAAGCAAGAUUACAGGUAGGACCGGCAGGCUACGGGCUUGGCCUACUGAUAGAUGAGCUGAUCGAACACACGGGAGUUAAUCCAAAUACUAUGAACAUCAUCGGUUUCAGUUUCGGAGCCCACGUAGCGGGCAACGCUGGCAAACAUCUGAAAGGGCAGUUGAAUUCCAUCAUCGCACUGGACCCCGCCGGUCCAUUGUUCUCUCCGGGACAGGAAGAUGCCGUGUCACCGCAGGACGGGUUGUAUGUGGAAACAAUUAUGACUAAUGCCGGGCAGGUCGGUAUCGAUUCACCGCUGGGCCAAGCUAACUUUUAUCCGAACGGAGGAAGAACGCAACCCGGUUGUGGUCCGGAUACCGGUGGUGGCUGUGCCCAUGGACGGGCUCCGACUUUCUUCAUCGAAUCCAUUGCUACAUCGAUUCCGUUUCGAGCUACACGGUGCGCCAGCUACGACGAAAUUCUGGAGGGUUUGUGCACUCCAAGUGGAGACGAUGCCAACAUGGGCGGAGAACCAUCCAACCAAGGCCGGGAUGUCAGUGGGGUCUAUUAUUUAAAGACUAAUGCCGAGUCUCCGUUCGCGCAGGGUUGACCGUCGUACAAAUUGAUAGGGUAAUACUCAGACUAAAAAUGAUGGAUUGCAAUGAAACAGGUGCGAAAAUUUUUGUUACUAAUAAAUAAAAGAAA